CAGUCUAUCGGUCAUAUCGAUAGUUAUCGAACAACCGUGAACUUCACUUCGAGAUCUAGUGUCGGUGCUUUCGUUUCGGCAUGCGGUCACACUGGCCAAAAUAAAAAAAUAUACGAUUAAAAACUUUGCCUAUAACUUUAGCAGCAACAAGAACGGGUCUUAGAUGUAGCACAUAAGCAGCCAUUAAGUUUAAAACUAAACUAAACCUAGGGAUAUAAUGCAAGGAUAAUGUAAAUAACGUGACGCAGCCCACGAAAAAACUGAGAAACGGAAGCAAGCCGGAAGCAAAACAGGAAUCAGCCGCUCAGCAAUACCACGUGCUGCAACCAGACCCAGACCAAGGACACUCUCGACUUCAUCCUGAAACCGGGGUUAGAUCACUGCCGCUGCUGCCAUUAAUAUGCGUGUAAUUGCGCCGCGUAGAUCGUCAACGUCAGCGGCGGGCAGCGGCAGUCUCUACGGUACAUCGGCGGCCGGCACCUCCAGCGGCAGCACCACCAGCAGCAGCUCCACCAGCGGCAGUCACCACAUCAGCAGCACCGGCAGCGUCAGCGGUGCGGUGGAUCGGACCAGCGGAGGCGCCACCACGAACGGUUACUCCCGCAUAUCGAGCAGCUACGACCGCGGCAGCAGCCUGUCCAAGUGGCUGCCCACCUCGUCCGGCGGCUCCAGCUCGUCGGGCUACGGCAGCAGCUACUAUCCCAGCUCGUACUCGACGUACUCCGCCAACAGCGGCUCCUCCAGCUCCUCGUAUGCGCCGCGCUCCAGCGUUCAGAGGUGCAGCGUUGGUUCCACGUCGUCAUCGUCGUAUCUGAGCGGCGGAUCUGGUAGCAGCUCGUCCGCCUACCGCGCCUCCUCGUAUCUGAGCGGGUCCAGCUAUGAUUCACCUACGUACAGCCGAUACGGAUUACCGCGCAAAUCGGCGUCCAAGAUUACCACCAACGGCGACAGCUUGAGCGGUUCGUCCAAGAGGGAGGACUACGGGCUGCGGCGUGGCCACGAUUCUACCAAGAAGCCACCGAUCAUCGGAGGAAGUGGUGGCCACAACAGCAGCAGCAGUGCGGGUAGAGACACCAAAGCCGUCGAUGGCAGCAAGCGGCUGUCCAGUUCAUCCUCAUCCCCAUCGCUGGCCCGUUUGGUGGCCACCUCCGGAUUGGACAUUUACGAAAAGUACAGUCCGGCCAACUAUAAACCCAACUGUGAACUGUCACGUUCCAGGUCGGGUCAUUCUGAGGCGGAUCUGGAAAACGGAAGCAACAAGGAGACGACGCCCACCUGCACGGUGACUCUGGAGCGGCCACGUAGCAGCGCCAGUCGGUACAGCCGCCUGUACAGCAACAGCAGCGAUGCAGGAGGGGACUCCUCGACCUCCACGCCGAAACUGGGCUCGAGCAAGUACUCCACUAGCAGCAGCACUGGCGAUGUGCCCACGGCCACCUUUACACUCCGAAGCAGCCGCACGCGACGCAGCCAGGUGGAGGCGGCGCCCACAAGCACGGGCGUGGAGCAGACUGGCGCAGCAGCUCCACCACCGACGCCGCCAACACCACCAGCACCAACACCACCGCCGCCACCACCUCCACCUCCGCCUACAAAUGGGCGAAAGCCGGCUGAGUCGAAUGGCGGACUGGAAGCCAAACUUAACGGCCUGUCGCUGCUCUCAACUUCGCCCAAAAGAAAUGCCAUUUACGAGCGCCAUCAGGACACCACCGAUGAUGCAGGCCAUGAUGUUGGCCAGGAUAGUGCGGACAAUGCCGAUGUGAGCACCUCGGCCACGUUUAAGCUGAACGACGGCAGCAAGACACUGGCGAGAAGCGGCACUGGGAGUAGCAGCAGUGCCCGGAGCGUCCUGCCGCCCAUGACGCCCACGUCAAGUCGGUACUGGGAUCGGGACAGCGGCACCAGCCGCAGCAGCAUCAGCACCUCCUCCGCACUCAACGCGUCAUCCCUGAAACACAACUCGGAUGAUGGCUACAAGAGCGCCUCCUCGUCGCGGGAUGAGAAGUCCGAAGGGCUGUGCGGUCUGCGAAACAUCGGGAACACUUGCUUUAUGAACUCGGUCAUCCAGUGCCUGAGUCACACCCAAGAGCUGACCCGCUUCUUGCGGUCGCACCACGGCUCUCGCUCGUCAGCCACCAAGGAUCAGCAGAUACUCCACGAAUUUGCCAAACUCAUUCAGGAGAUGUGGACCUCCAACGUGCACACGGUGACGCCCAUGGAGCUAAAGAGGGCGUUCUCCACCAAACACCGCAUGUACAGCGACUACAACCAACAGGAUGCGCAGGAGUUCCUGCGUUUUUUCCUUGACUCACUGCAUUCGGCCCUCAACUCGGGCGUCAAGGGUGAGACGCUCAACAUUGAUGAUAAUCUCAGUGACAAUAAGAAGGCGGACCUGACCUGGGAGUGGUAUACGCGGCACGAGAACUCUCUAGUGCGUGACCUCUUCGUGGGUCAGCUCAAAAGCACACUGAAGUGCACCACCUGCGGCAACACCAGCGUCACCUUCGAUCCGUUCUGGGAUCUGAGCGUACCGUUGCCGUCCUCGUCUCGCUGCAAGCUAGAGGCUUGCCUCGACCUCUUUAUCCGCGAAGAGGUCCUCGACGGCGACGAAAUGCCCACGUGCGCCAAGUGCAAGACGCGGCGAAAAUGCACCAAAAGCUUCACCAUCCAGCGUUUCCCCAAAUAUCUGGUUAUACACCUAAAACGCUUCUCGGAGACGCGCUGGAGCAAGCUGUCCAACAUCGUUGAAUUUCCCACAUCAGACAGCGAGCUGAACAUGGGCUCCUAUGGCGCCAACUCCAACUCGAAUGUGCAUUACUCGCUCUAUGCGAUAUCGAAUCAUAUGGGCUCAACGGCUGGUGGUCAUUAUGUUGCCCUUUGCAAGCACCCAGUCUCCCGCAAGUGGCACGAAUUUAAUGAUAAUAUAGUCAGCGAGGCCUUGUCCGAAAACCAUCUCGUUUCAUCCAGUGCCUAUAUUCUUUUCUACGAGCGUACGUAAGGCCCAUCCGUGCUCUACGGCAACCGAAAAGUGCAGUGUCGAGUACAAUGGGGUUCCAGAUGUGAUGGAAAUCAAAAUGACCAUGGGAUGGGUGGGAUGGGAGCAGGAGGAAAUGGAUCAAACGAACUCUUAGAAACGCUUCGUAGAAUUGCAUACAAACAAUUUACUUAAUUUAACUCAACUUAAACGCAAAACAAAACUAACUCCUAACUUAAAGCAGAAACCAAAACAAAAACGGAAACGGAAACGGAAAAAACUGAAGAAGUAAAAACUGAAGUGCAGACAAAACGAGAAUAAAUGUACAUAUAAAAACGAACUUCGAUGGCUAACCUAUACAACUAAAGGAAGAGGAAUAUAACUCCGACGAGAAACAAUGAAUCUGUGCAAUAACAACUUUCGGCAAACCAAGCGACCUCAAGCCCCCGGAUAAACGCAAGAGAAGCUAUUACUAACUAGUUAACUAGUUACAGGAUAUUCUUUUAUAAGGAUACUGAAGGCAAUCAGCGGCAUCAACGAUACAAUGUUUCAAUAUUUCUCUCUUUCUAAGUGUUAUUUAUUAAAACUAAAUUUUCAAUUUGCAUCGACGUACUCUCCCUGUCUCUUUUUUCGCGUGUCCCUCUAUCUCUCUCUUAUUGAUCGACUCCAUUGGUUUGCCGAAGGAAAGUGUCCUGUGGUUGUGUGUAAAAAUAAACAAAUUAAAUAGAGCGUGGGAAAGAAAACUAAAUAUAUAUUUUCAAUUCAAGUCUUGUGCAAUAUAUUUCAUAAAGAUACAAAACAAAAUUAACUGCAAUAAGCACUGCAAACUAAAGACGGUUCAAACCAAACCAAAAAAAAAAAAAAACUAAACUUAACUAAAUACAAUCGCACCACAAAAAUCACCGUAGCUAAGAGAAAUGGCUUUUUAGCAACUAAAAGAGAAAGUAAUAUUAAUUAAUUGAUAAAUGAGCAACCAAUUGAAUGAAAGGGGACGCGAAGUGAAGCUGAAAUCUGAAUUGUGAAAACGUACUUAUGAUAAUUGCUAGUAGUAAAAUUUAAAAAGAAACUAUCACCAGCAACAACACCAAAAACCCAUUGUUAUCCUUUGGCCAAGACACCUACCAACCAAUCAACAAACCAAUCAACCAACCAAGAAAACCAUUCAGCCCAUGUAAUAAAGGGUGAUUCCCGAAACAAGACACCAACCAGUAACAGGGAAUUUUCCCAGGGUACAUAAGACCGUUACGAAGUUCGUUUCAAUGUUAUAAAACUUUUUGUGUUUUUAUUUUGUUUGGCUUGCGAGAAGCUACCAAAACUAGUCUCAAAGAAGAAAAGUUAUGUAUGCAGCCACCACUUAACGAAAUACACUUUUUAUUUGUUUGAAUUUGUGCGUAUUUUGUAGUUUAAGUCGAGCGUUUUUCCACAACCCAGCAAUCCUACUUAUACUGGCUAUAUAUAUUUUUGUUGCUUGUUUUGUUUUUAUACCUACAUAUAUAAUAUAUCUUAUGUAAUUUAUUUAUUUAUUGUAUUUAUGUAAAUGAUAUGGAUAAAUACACCCAAACACCAACACUCA